UCCGUAUUUUCGUUUAGCUGAGCGUGUGCCAGAUUUCGUUGAAGUUGUUUUCUCAGUUUAUUUUAUCUAAUACGAAAUAAUAAUAUUUACUAUUUAAAUAAAUUGGAAAAAACUAUCGUGCUGAUUUUUUGUGAAGCAAGUCUCUAGAUAUUUAUCUUUCACUCUGUAGAUAGGAGGCGUCAAAAGGCAUCACAAUGGAUCAGAUGCUAUCAAGUCCUUAUAACAUACCGGGGAUUGGUACCCCUUUACACCAACCCGAGGAGGACCAGCAGAUUCUGCCGAACGCGCUGCAGCAGCAGCAACAACAGCAGCAGCAGCCGCAGCCGCAGAUGCAGUCACUUGCGACGAUGAGCUCUCCUCUCGUGGGCUUCGGGGGCCUUAUUGGCACCCCACAGCGCUCUAUGCACACAUACGCUCCCACCGCCAGCUAUGCCACUCCACAGCAGAUGAUGCAACCACAGACCCCGCAAAACAUGAUGUCACCGUUGAUCACAAGCGGGAACCUAGCCAGUCAACAGAUGAUGUCACAAGCCAGCCCUGCCCCAAUGACUCCGAUGACACCACACUCGGCCGACCCCGGGAUUCUGCCACAACUGCAGAACAUAGUAUCAACGGUCAAUCUGAACUGCAAGUUAGACUUAAAAAAGAUCGCGCUUCAUGCCCGCAACGCGGAGUACAACCCGAAGCGGUUCGCGGCCGUGAUCAUGCGUAUCCGUGAGCCCCGGACCACGGCGCUCAUCUUCUCCUCCGGGAAGAUGGUCUGCACGGGCGCCAAGAGUGAGGAGGACUCCCGACUGGCGGCCCGGAAAUAUGCUCGGAUUAUACAGAAGCUUGGGUUUACUGCAAAGUUUCUUGACUUCAAAAUACAGAACAUGGUGGGAAGCUGCGACGUCAAGUUCCCCAUUCGCCUUGAAGGCCUAGUGCUCACUCACGGCCAGUUCAGCUCCUACGAGCCUGAACUUUUCCCCGGACUGAUCUACCGCAUGGUGAAACCUAGAAUAGUUUUAUUAAUAUUUGUGUCUGGCAAAGUAGUAUUAACAGGUGCCAAAGUACGACAAGAGAUUUAUGAAGCUUUUGAUAAUAUUUAUCCAAUUUUGAAAAGUUUCAAAAAACAGUAGUUAUCUUAAGUUAUUUUAUAAUUUG